AUGGCCGGAACAUUCAGUGUUGGUCUGGAAGAUUUCCUCAGCGAUGAGAAAGAAAACAUUACUUUGUCUCAGUUGUUGGACAUUCCUACACAACAGCUCGUUGUAGAAGAAGUUAAGCCGCCCGCAAAUAAUCGAUUUGCAACGCCUGUGACAGGAAAUGAAAUUAAAGUACAGCAAGAGCAGGCUAUUCCAAAGAAAACGCGGGAGGCCAACCACUGGUCGUAUGGUGUAUGGACUGCAUGGGUUAGAUACCGUAAUACAAGACCAGAGACAACUUUAGAAUCCGGUGGCUCUAAUAUUCCGGAGGACAUAUGUCAGUUGAGUAAUGAAAGUUUGAAUUUUUGGCUUCAGCGUUUCGUCGUUGAAAUUCGCAGACAGGAUGGGACUAAUUACCCCCCUAAUACGCUUACUCAGAUUAUAUCUGGAUUACAGAGAUAUUUGCGCAACAAUUGUACAGGUAGGAUUAUUAAUUUUUUCAAAGAUAAUGACUUGGAUUUUGUCGAACUGAGAAGAACAUUAGAUGGCCGAAUGAAGUAUUUAACAAGUCAAGGAAUAGGGAUUGAAAAGAAACGUUGUGAUCCGGUCACUGUAAAAGACGAAAUCAAAAUGUGGGAUACCGGUGUGUUUUCGCUCGAUACCGCUUCAGGACUGAGUAAUGCCGUAUUUUUCUACAAUGGUAAGACUUUUGGAUUUCGCGGGAUGGAACAACACAAAAGCUGUGCUGCCGAGCAGUUUGAAAUUGGAUUUGACCAUGAGAACGAUCGUAAGUACGUUAAAUACACCCCGCGUGUGACCAAAAACGUUCAAGGAGGUUUAAAGCAUCGAAAAAUUGAGAUAAAACCUAUCAUUCAAUAUGAUGAUCCAGAAAAUCCACGCUGCCUUGUAAAGAUUUACGAGAAGUAUCUAUCUUUGAUUCCUCGAACAGGACACCUCUACCGGAAGCCGUUAGAAACUGUAUCUUCAUAUGGUCCAAAAUUUGGUGCUAAUGCUAUACCGAUCAACCAGAUGUCUCAAAUGUUUAAACGGUUCUAUGCAGAAGCAGGUAUUGACACUGCCGGAAGAAAUAUUUCGAACCAUUCGGGACGUGUAACCUGUUGUACUCGACUUUACAACGAAGGAUUUUCCGACAAAGCUGUGACAAGUCGUAGUAGUCAUCGCAGUAAUGCCGUACAUACUUAUCAGAGGGAGCAGUUUAAGAUUCUCAAUGACAUAAGUAACACUCUAGGAGCUCCGGCUCCUAUUUCGACUCCUACUACGACUUUUACUACUGUGAAGUGCGAAUCAAACAUGGAAAAAGGUGCUAUUAUUAACCCACCCGCGGUUAAUUGUGAAACCUCGAAACAAGUUGGAAUCCAGGCUUCGACAGGAAUCUUGAAAAUAGAAGUGCCAGAAAAUGUCGGGAAAAUCAUCAUAGUUAAAGGUGAAAAGAAGAUGGAUUUGGAAAUUUAA